UUCACGUUCUCUUGCUGUGAUUGUCUGCACCUGUUCGCGGUGUGUCUCACCUGUGUCCAAUCUUCCCCGGUGUGUUUAGUGUUCGUGCUCCCAGGCCACCGGGGCAGUUCGUCCGGCUCUUACUACAACCCGUCGGGUAUCCGUGGAGUCUGCUCUGGUUCAUAACAGGCCAGACUGAGAACCAAGUGUGGAUUCCUUCAUUUUAAACACAACGCAGAGUUCACAUCGGUCAUACCAGCGCCAUGUUGAUGUUUAGCAACCAGACGUAGGAGCGGGGGAAGGUGGACCGGAGUGGCAGCUUGGCAGCCAGUGGUGGAGAGAUCCAUCAUGCCAUGACAGGAAGGAGAGGGCUCUGACGUCUUGGCCUGCCCAGAGAGGCCAGCGCCUGUCAGCCUAAUGAGGCUCCCAUUGACAGAGGCGCCUGGUUUCCACACCACUAAAUGAAAAGACUCAUGGGAACAUGAUGACAUGAUGCAGGUGCCCAGCGCUCGCAAGUGAUUGGUGUCGGUGCCUGCGGAUAUGAACUCUUGGCCUUUUCUGCCGUGACUCCGCAUCAAACAUGCAGACGGGAGCUGAUCAUCCCUGACAGGCAAAUCUCAGGUUAGGAUGGGUGAAGGCUGCCCGAACAGUGGCAACCCACCGUGACGUUUGUGAGCUGCCAGUUUGAAGCCUCGAGUUUAGCAUUUUGACCAGUGCCAUCUGGUUUCUUUUUUGGGACCGGAAGUGACAACAUUUGGAGGAGUGGGGGGUCGCAGGGGGUCUGGAGCCUAUCCCAGCUGAUGGGGCUGACAUAUGGAGACAAACAGCCAUUUAAUCACUCCUAACCAUCUGCAUGUCUUUGGGCUGUGAAAGGAAGCUGGAGCCCCCGCCAAAAAAAUACCCCACGCAGAUACGGGAAGAACAUGCAAACUCCACACAGGAAGGACCUUGUCGCUGUGUGGCACCAGUGUGCUGCACCCCCACGCCAACCCCAUCCGAAAUUUGGAAAUGGAGACAUUAGCCACGCAGCAAAGUACAAGGAUGGAUACUACUCCCACCGGCCAAAGGAGAAAAGUCGAGUCGACAGCAACAACGAGAACUCUGUGCCCAGAGACUUUGAGAACAUAGACAAUAGUAACUUUGGCGCGCGCUCGCAGCCACACCGGCAGUCUGUAGGCGCCACGAGCAGCAAGCAGCAGCGGGAGCAUCUGCAGGAGAAAGCCCACACGCAGCAGCAGGCCUGGCGGGACAACUCCCCCAAUCUGGGCCGCAGCUCAAAUGAAGUGCUGCCCGUAGGCCACCAGCCACUGGCGGUCGGCAACAAUUCCUCCCACCCGGGUGGUCAGGGAAUCGCGGGAGUUCCGCGGCAGCAGUACCGCGCCUCACAGGCCCAGCAGGCCCCAUCCCAGCACAGACAUCAACACCCCCACAGGAGGCAGGCGACUGCGGCGCCGCUGGAGGUGACCUACGACCAGCCGCCCGAGUGCGAGAUCAGCGGGAAGGAGGCCAUCUCAGCUCUCUCCAGAGCCAAGAGCAAGGAGUGUCGGCAGCAGAUCGCCGAGGUGUACUGCAGACACAAGGAAGGGCAGUUAAUGCCUGAGAAGGUCACUCGCUACUGCCACCUUGAGGGUAAAGCCAAUGUGAACGUCCAGUGGGACGAGGACUCUGCCGAGAGCUUUCCACUCAAACCAGUGAGGAUAGCGUUCGUCCUGGUGGUGCACGGACGCGCCUCUCGCCAGUUUCAGCGCCUCUUCAAAGCCAUCUACCACGCGUCGCACUACUACUACGUACACGUCGAUCAGCGCUCCAACUACCUGCAUAGGCAGGUUCAGGCCUUGGCUACUCAGUAUCCCAAUGUGAGGGUGACGCCCUGGCGCAUGUCCACCAUCUGGGGUGGCGCCAGCCUGCUGACCAUGUACCUCCGCAGCAUGGCCGACCUGCUGGCCAUGAGGGACUGGAGCUGGGAUUUCUUCAUCAACCUCAGUGCUGCUGACUACCCCAUCAGAACCAAUAACCAGCUGGUGGCCUUCCUGUCCAAAUACAGAGACAUGAACUUCAUCAAGUCCCAUGGCAGGGACAAUGCCAGGUUUAUCCGCAAACAGGGUCUGGAUCGUCUGUUCUUCGAGUGCGACACACACAUGUGGAGGCUGGGUGAUCGUAAAAUCCCAGACGACAUCUCAGUGGACGGCGGAUCCGACUGGUUCCUUCUCAAUCGCUUGUUCGUGGAAUAUGUCAUCAACUCCAAGGACGACCUGGUCUCCAGCAUGAAGCGAUUCUACGCCUACACUCUGCUGCCUGCCGAGUCGUUUUUCCACACAGUGCUGGAGAACAGCGCCUAUUGUGAAAGCAUGGUGGAUAAUAACCUGCGCAUCACCAACUGGAAUCGCAAACUGGGUUGUAAGUGCCAGUACAAGCACAUCGUGGACUGGUGUGGAUGCUCCCCUAAUGAUUUCAAGCCGGCAGACUUCCACCGCUUCCAGCAAACCGUGCGACCCACCUUCUUUGCCAGGAAGUUCGAAGCCAGCGUGAACCAGGAGAUAGUGAACCAGCUGGACACCUACCUGUUUGGAUCGUUUCCGCAGGGAAUGCCGGCGCUGAACUCCUACUGGGAGAACGUGUACGACGAGCCAGAUGGCGUGGCCAGCCUGUCGGACACGCAGCUCACGUACCACCACUCCUUCUCACGCCUGGGCCUGGCCAGGGCCGCCGCCUCGCUGCAGGGGAACCCAAAGGAUCACAGCUGCAGGUACUUCCCGAUGGGCCACCCGGUGUCGGUGCAUCUCUACUUCCAGUCGGACCAGUUCCAGGGCUACCUGGUCAAGCACCAUGCCACCAAUCUGGCCACCAGCAAGCUGGAGACCAUGGAGACCUGGGUGGCACCCAAGAAGAACUUCAAGCUGACCACCAAUCCAGCCAGCACAUUCAGCCGGUUGCAGUUUGCAGAGAUCGGCACAGAGUGGGACGCCAAAGAGCGUAUGUUCAGAAACUUCGGCGGCCUAAUGGGGCCCAUGGACGAGACAGUGGGCAUGCAGAAGUGGAGCAAGGGGCCCAACAUCACCGUCACCGUCGUGUGGAUCGAUCCCACCAACGUCAUCGCGGCCACCUAUGACAUUCUGAUCGACGCCAGCGCCGAGUUCACCCACUACCGCCCCCCGCUGAACCAGCCUCUGCGACCCGGCGUGUGGAGCGUCCGCAUCCUGCACCACUGGAGCCCCGUGGCCGAGAUGAAAUUCCUCAUUGCCCCGCUGUCCCAUCACAAACACCAGCCCAUACGGCAAGAGGAGACCGUGAAGCUUCACAACGGGCCGGCGAAGAACAGCUACAUGGAGCAGAGUUUCCACGGCCUCAACCCGGUGCUCAACAUCCCCGUCAGCCUGGGCUACGUGGAGCAGGCCAAGAGGAACGCGGCACUGACCGGGCCGGAGCUCGAGCGCUGGCUAGACGGCCUGGUGGGCGAGCUGUGGGAGGCGGCCGACGUGUGCGCCGUGGGCCCCACCGCCUGUCCUGUCAUGCAGGCCUGCUCCAAGAACCCGUGGAGCUCCCUCAGCCCAGACCCCAAAUCCCAGCUAGGAGCGCCGCGGGCAGACGGGCGCAUCAGGUAGCAGCGAGGCCUCCAGCUGGACGGGAGGCCACGGCACGGGAGGUUCACUGUCGACUUUUUUAUUUAUUUAAGGGGUUUGUUGUAACCUGGGGGAAGGAAAAUUGUUCUUCCUCUGUCUUGGGGGGGAAGAAGAAAACUAAAGAAAAAGUGGAUUUUUUGGGGGGGGGGGGUGCCUGGACAUAAGGCAAAGAUUUUCAGAUCCUCCCGUGGGGUUCCUCCUUUUAGGGGAUUAUGCUGGCUUUGCUAUUUCAGUUUCUCAGUGUAUUUAUUUUACGUCUCAUGGCUGAGUUUUAACUGUGAUCCAAACGUUGCAAUUUUCUCGAGCGUCUAUUUUGCUGCUGAAUGAAUUAUGAAGUCAGCUUUUAAAGCCGUGCGGCCAUGUGAGCGUGGAUUGUCGACACUGGUAGCAGACUGAGAUCUGCUGCGAUAAGGCCUUAGCUGUAGGACAUGUAUUUGAGGAGGUAGCCUGGUACUGAAUUAAAACGUGCCUCCUUCAGGUUCACGUCAGCAAAUUAAAAAAAAGAGCUGAUAUCUGAUUGUUCAGAUGAACCCCAACUGUUGGAAAAAAGGAUUUUGAUACGACUCAAACGCAGCACCAUUGGAGAAACUUUGAAAAACAAAUAUUUAGGCAUUUUUAAAGCAACUCACUGGGUAUCUGAUAGUUCAGUGACUCGGUUUGUGAAUCAGUAGAAUAAAUCAGUAACAGCAGCACAACUUCCUUCAGCUCAGUGCCUGAUUGGGAUGUGGAACUGUCGUGGCUGGGCUCCCCGUCUGCUGCUGCCACAUUGUCGUAAAUGUGGGGGAGAAAAAGGAGAAAUGCAAAUACAGAGGCCUUCUCAGCAUAAUUACAACUAUACGAUUAUAAUAGAGAUUCAAUGUAGACGUAUUUGUGUCCUAAAUUCAUAAAUGCUUCAUUUGUGGCUGUUGUACAUUAGUAUUUUUAAGACUUAACAUUGCCAUAGAGUAGUUUUCUUUAAUAGAGCCCAGAUGUUGUGACAGGCAGAGGACAAAGAGAGAAUCCUUUUGUCUGUUUUUUUUCUUUCUUCUUUUGUUACCAAACUGCCUCAAACUUGAAACACAUUAAUCUCAAGCUGACCUUAAAAUCCUUGUAUUCAGCAUCAUCAUUUAUUUUAACCUUUUUAUUUCCAGUCAAUUCAGCGACACUUUACGUUGUACAUAAUUAUUCAAGAAGUCUCAAAAAUUGUGUGAAUGAGUGGGGGGGGGGUGAGUCCAUGAGUCGCUAUUUAUUUAUAAGUUUAUAUUAAUACGGAUAUUUUUAGUCAGUGACUAAAUAACUGCAACGCUGCCUUGGCAGCAUGAUAAAUAUUUUUUUGUAAAGAAAGCCGCCUUUAUUUACAAAGGCCAACACCCCAAAAUCUUACUGUACCUUUCUUAUGGCCCGCACCUGUGUGUCCGUCAGUGUUGUCCUGUCUGAAUAGAUCUUCUUGUCUUGGUUUCCUACACGGCUGUUUGCCAAGUGCAUCGCGAGAGCAAGCCACUCUGACCUGUGGGGUCAGAGGUCGGCCGCCGAACAAUCCUCACCAAACAGCCAAGGUGAAAGAAAAAAAAAGAACACUCCUCACAAGCAAACACAUCGGACAACGUCUGGAUUGAAGGAGAAACUUUUUAUGGUGAUUCGUGGUUCAGUUUGAGAAUGAUGCCGAGUGGCAGUGAUCUUCAUGCUGUGACAAUAAUGUACAAAUUUAGGGUGAGUAUUAUAUUGUGUCUUGAUUGCAAAAUGCAUAAUUUAUUAAAAUCGGGUCUGCGGCACCUCGUUUUCACCUCGUAUAUCUACAUUUCAAGUACCUUCUCCUGCCAUCAAGACAAUCUCUGGGCCAUUUGAGACAGCGAACGCCGCAGAGGGUGCACCCCGUACCGCAACACAUCUCGGACGAGGGGUUACGGUCGCACAUUUGUCUUGCGUUGAAAAAAGUUUCAUCUGAAGCCGAUUAGGAGUUCAAUCUGCGAUUGUCAACAUUGUUUAGCCACCACGCGCACGCUAAGUGAGUGUUUUUGCUCUGGCUAAUUAGGAGACAUUACUGUUCAUUAAUGUCAAGUUCACCUUGCCUCUGUGCCGGAUGUGUCUAUUAUAAUUGCCAUCACUCGUUCCCUCUCAAAUCGACAAAUCGUUCCCGGGCUUCGGUUGUAAAGGACAAUUUGGUUUGGCCCCGGCUUCUGCUGCCAUCUCUUAACUUAAAAGUGCCGCUGUGCUCCGAGUUAUUACUUCACACAAUACACGCUACUAUGGAAGUUCAAUGACAUUUUUGGAAGAAGAAAAGAAAAAGGGGGGGGGGGGUGAAUUAAAUAAAUGUAACUCAAUGUGAAAGUCCUAUUUUGUAACAAAAUGAUUAACAAAUGAAGAAGAUGUACAUAGGUAUUUUGUAUUGAAAUAUUGUUUAAAAGGUAUUGUACAUGUAAAUACAGAUGUGGUGGGGAAAAAAAACAAAAGACAUUGAAUUAUUAAGAGUUUUUAAAAUGUCAAUAAUUGGGCACAAAUGAAUCGAUGGUGUUUAUUGAUCAGAGUACAUAAGGUGUUUCAGUGUUUUUUGGACAACAGCCUCGUCCUGUUUGCCUCUCAGAGAAAAUCACAUGCCAGAUUGUUGUUGUUCUUGCUGGAAUGUAUUGUUGAGCAACUGUUGCACAAAUUUCUCUGAUUGAUGCCCCCCCCCCCACCCCCUGCUAUUUGUUUGAUUUGAUUUUUUCUGGGGAGGCUCUGUGUGCCUUAGCUGACUUUUAGAACCUUCUCUGCCCAUCAAAGGAAAAAACCCUUAUUGUGUUGUUCUGUUUUGACAUGACACGAUGAAUACCGCGAGUCCGUCGAGGGAUUCACUUGGAACUGCAACACCAAAAAGAGAUGUCUGCUGUUGUAUAUAUCAUCAGGCCUUCUGUCGUUAUCAGCUUUCCUUCUUUUUUUUCUCUGUCCCUUUGUGGGAUUUGUUUUGUUGUACUUGACUGGCUUGUUUUACUUUUCUCUGACUGCUUUUUGGAAAUAAAAAAUUCUCUGGAGAAACUA